UAAGAAAUUUUCAAUAUUAUCAGUUGGGAAUUAUUUUAAUGUUAUGGAUGUGGCUUGUGGUGGAAACUAGAAAAAGAUUCGUAUUAUUAAAUCAGUUUUUAAUAAAAUUAAUUUCGAUACCUGAACGUCUUCAAGUGAAUAAUAUUAAAGCGACAAAUAAGUGUGAGGUUAGAAACGAAAUCAAACGUAUAACUGCUCUAUACAACGAACUUUGCGAUGUAGUUGAUUUAAUAAAUGAUGUGUUUGGUGCUGGACUAUUAAUUUCCGUCAUAUUUACUAUUUCUUAUGUUUUGCUGUACAGUAUUAUACUUAUAGACUUUACAGUUUUCAAAAUUGGUUCCAGUUCUGAUGUGUGGAUAAUUUACACUAGCAUCGUAUGGUUAAUUGAAAAUUUCGUAAAAAUAAUGGCAUUGGCUUUAGCGGGUGAGAACCUUUCAAGUGAAGCGAAUAAGACUGUUAAUGUUUGUUAUGGAUUGAUUAAUAAAUUAGAAAACAGCGAAGAAAUCAGACAAAAGCUUAUUUUCCUUAUUCAACAAGCUCUAGAUAGAAAACCAUGUCUCAAGGCCUCCGGAUUCUUUGUGGUUAAAUCAACAAUGACAGGAUUCAUCGUCGGUAGCAUUACUUCUUAUGUUAUUGUGGCCGUUCAGUUUUUAAAUGAGAUGCAAACUCAUGUUACUCAAUAAAUUAACAAAUUGAUAAUCGUGUAUCGAAUAAGUUGUCUCGAAACACCAAAAUCUGGUUACCAUUGGACCAUUGGUUCAUCCUGCACCAAAUUUUCUUUCUUGUCCAACAUUAUCAACUUAGUAAAAGCAAUGUGGUCUUUUUAUAUUAAUAAAUAAAUGUAAAGUUUGGAAAACUUCAUCAACAAUAAAAUUAAGUUAUAUUUUA